UGAGUAAAAAUCCCUUAUUCUCCACAGAGGUGAGAAAGAGUCCACUAAAAGAAGAUGAAGCUGCUGAAGCUUCAGCUGAACAAGGAAUUGGAUCUGACACUGGUUCUAAGUUUGGAGUUGUCCUAGAAAAACCAGUCCCCAAGAAGCCAUCUGAACCACCUGUACAAAAAGAGGAAGCCAAACAAAGUAAGAACGAGGUGGGAAAGAGUCCACUAAAAGAAGAUGAAGCUGCUGAAGCUUCAGCUGAACCAGGAAGUGGAUCUGACACUGGCUCUAAGGUUGGAGUUGUCCUAGAAAAACCAGUCGCCAAGAAGCCAUCUGAACCACCUGUAGACAAAGAGGAAGCCACACAAAGUAAGAAAGAGGUGGGAAAGAGUCCACUAAAAGAAGAUGAAGCUGCUGAAGCUUCAGCUGAACCAGGAAGUGGAUCUGACACUGGCUCUAAGGUUGGAGUUGUCCUAGAAAAACCAGUCCCCAAGAAGCCAUCUGAACCACCUGUAGACAACGAGGAAGCCACACAAAAGGUGGGAAAGAGUCCACUUAAAGAAGAUGAAGCUGCUGAAGCUUCAGCUGAACCAGGAAGUGGAUCUGACACUGGCUCUAAGGUUGGAGUUAUCCUAGAAAAACCAGUCCCCCAGAAGCCAUCUGAACCACCUGUACAAAAAGAGGAAGCCAAGCAAAGUAAGAAAGGUAAGGGUUAA